AAACGGAAGUCGUACAGUCGGCUGUGGCAUCCCUGUCUUGACUUGCUACCAAUAGCGUGAGGAAUAAUUAUAACAACGUGAGCAAUGGAGAAAACGUAUAAAUUUUUGGAGACAGAUUCGUAUGUUGUGGAAGAGAAUAGUGAUGAGGAUAGUCCCGUCAGCAGUUCGGAGGAUGAGCUAGAAAUCCUGUUGAACGGGACUCCAGACCAGAAGAAGAAGUUGAUCAGAGAAUAUCUCACGGGUGAGAGUGAAUCCUCCAGCGGUGAUGAGUUUGAGAAAGAGAUGGAGGCGGAGCUUAGCUGCACCAUCAAGACCAUGGAGGGGAGCUGGAAAACCUCAGAAGAAGCAGGAGCAGAAGGAGCACACACAGCAGAAGAUGGAGGAGGUGGUGGAGCCUCUAACCCUCAGCUAUAUGAUAAAGUCUACUUUGAUUCAGACUCUGAUGACGAGGAUACACCAAGCAGCUCAAAGGGCUCUAGAUCAAAACAGCGAGUCAUACCGACCAAUGACGAGCUACUCUACGACCCUGAUGAAGACGACAGAGACCAGGCCUGGGUGGAUGCCAGAAGGAGACUAUAUGCUGUAAGAAAACGACCAGCAGCAGCAAUGGCAGGGUCAUCGCAGACUCGUAAAUGUCAGGGUUUACCCAGCAGUGACGCCGUCCUCAACUGCCCUGCCUGCAUGACCACAUUGUGUCUGGACUGCCAGAGGCAUGAAAAGUACCGGACGCAGUACCGAGCCAUGUUUGUUAUGAACUGCACAGUGAAGACAGACGAAGUGCUGCGGUACAAAACACAACAGGACUCGAAACAGAAGAGAAGACGAAAGGGACGCAAUCAGAAAAAAGGAACCACCGAAAGUGAACUUCCUGACCCUACACCAUCUGGAAUGAAUGCAGGCGAGGUUUAUCACCCAGUGCAGUGCUCGGAAUGUUUUACAGAGGUCGCUGUGUACGAUAAGGAGGAGGUUUAUCACUUCUUCAACAUCCUAGCUAGUCACUGCUGAGACACGGACAUACCAAGCAGUUUAUCUGUGGAAUCUCACCUCUGUUUUCACAAUCCUAGACAUUGGGUUUUUAUGGGGUGUGGAUGUGAGGUAGUGAUAAUCAGUGUUAUCUGAACUGAGAAAUUUUCGCUCUGGACAAAGAAAACAAUUAACCUUGUUAAGUAUAUCAAUAUCUUGACAAUAAAUCUGAUAUAUAUAUAUAUUAUCAAUGGUAAUUUUAAAGUCAGCAUUUGUAUAUCAAUUAUUUUAUAUGGACCAAGACAGGAAUUCAAACCCCAAUGUGUAAAAUGACACGUAAAUGUGUCACAGAGGCAGCCCUGAAUCCAUCCAUUCCUGGUUGCUGUGAGAUAAAAUAGACAGUUUCCUAAUGUACGUGAGUGAAGCAGGACGAGUGGUGGACCACUUUAAUUUUGUAAUACAGGGCUAGAGAAAUGUAUUUGGCCAAGUCUUCAGUGUCUAUGUCAAUUAUGAGUUUAUUUGUUUCAAACCGAGAAAUCAUGUGUACCGUAUACAUUUUUUAAAUAAAUUU